AUGAGGGGUCUAUUCUUAAUGACUGUUCUUUCAACAUGUAUGAUAGGCACCGCAGUGGACUCAGUAAUACUCGGACCUGGAGCCUGGCGUCAUGAACCCAAUCCUCACGCCGGUAAAAUCAGAGCUGUCGGUAAACCCAAGUGGAAGACCUCGGUCACAAGUUGCUGUAAAUUGGGAGAGAAAACUGCGAAGAAAAGACUGUCCUGCCAUCUUGGUGUGCAUGCUAUCAACAGAAAACUCAAUCGUACCAAAGUGAAGAUGGUUUUCACGAAAUUCGCCAAGAAAAAGAAAAGAUAUCCUAAAGCUUUGUCAAACAAAAUUGCCAAAUGCUCUAAAGCAUUUCCGAAGAACUUUCAAAAGUGUUGCAACUAUCGCGCUGAAUAUUAUGUUCAUUUGGCAAUGUGUAAAAAACGGCGACCGAAAGCCGAACAUUAUAAUCGUCUGAUGUUUAUUACUAUAAUAUUCACUAUAUGUUACUUAGAUUAUGUCAUUUAUAUGUUUGAGUCGCGUUUUUGCAACCUGGAACUUCAAAGGUUGCGACGAGGAAAUUCGCGUACCUCAGGCCUUAAGAUGAUGUUUUUUUCUGUGCUUGAAAUGGUCUUAAAUGGAAACAAUAUACCCACAGUUACUUUCCUCUAA